CCGUUCGCAACGAUAGGAACAAGAAGAAGAAGGAGGUGAAGGAGGAAGGGGGGUUGGGCGAGAGCUACGAGCUGAGCCCGGAGCUGGAGGAGCUGGUGCAGAAGGUCAGCAGAGCCCACCAGGAGACCUUCCCCUCCCUCUGCCAACUGGGCAAGUACACCACGAACUCGAGCGCCGACCACCGGGUGCAGCUGGACCUGGGGCUGUGGGACAAGUUCAGCGAGUUGGCCACCAAGUGCAUCAUCAAGAUCGUGGAGUUCGCCAAGCGCCUGCCCGGCUUCACCGCCCUCAGCAUGGCCGACCAGAUCACCCUCCUCAAGGCCGCCUGCCUCGACAUCCUGGGGGGUGGUGACACCCCAUCCCACGUGUGGUGGUGCCCCACAUCCAUCUUGAUCUACUGGUGUCACCAUGUCCCCUCAAGAUGUUGGAGGGGCAGGGAGAAGGUUGGGUGGUGCCCCACAUCCAUCUUGAUCUACUGGUGUCACCGUGUCCCCUCAAGAUGUUGGAGGGGCAGGGAGAAGGUUGGGUGGUGCCCCACAUCCAUCUUGAUCUACUGGUGUCACCUGUGUGUCCCCCCCCCUCUCCGUGUGUCCCCCCCCCAAGACCGGAUGGACCUGGAGGAGCCGGAGAAGGUGGAGCAGCUGCAGGAGCCGCUGCUGGAGGCGCUGAAGGUCUACGCCCGGCGCCGCCGGCCCCGCCAGCCCCACAUGUUCCCCAGGAUGCUCAUGAAGAUCACGGACCUGCGCGGCAUCAGCACCAAGG